AUGGAAGAUUCACAACAAGCCGAGGAUAUCGCCCUCGAAACACCUGCCUCGGAUGUCUUCAUCCCCCCGUCAAUUAACGAAGCCGCCCUUCUCGCCGGCGACUCGUACACUCACUUCUCCCCCUUGCCGCCCUCCCUGCUCCCACAACGAACAAACUCGCCCGACCCCUCCGGGCCCCCUUGCGUACUAGGCGUCGACGAAGCCGGCCGCGGCCCCGUCCUGGGCCCCAUGGUCUACGGCGUGUUCUACGUCCCGCUCCCGCUCUCCGACCCGCUCCUCCGCACCGCCCACCACUUCGACGACAGCAAGGUCCUGACCCCGACCGUGCGUUCCUCCCUCAUGCAGACGCUGUGCACCCCGUCGACCGACCUCCACACAUCCUGCGGCUGGGCCACCACCGCCCUGUCGGCGCGUGACAUCGGCGCCGGUAUGCUGCGCCCGGGCCUCUCGGCGUACAACCUCAACGCGCAGGCCAUGGACGCAACCGUGGAGCUGAUAAAAGGCGUGUAUGCGCGCGGGGUGAAUGUCAGGGAGAUCUACGUCGACACGAUCGGGCAGCCGGCGGCGUACCAGGCCAAGCUGGAGAGGGUGUUCCCGACGGCCAAGAUCACGGUGGCCAAGAAGGCCGAUAGUCUGUACCCUUGUGUCAGCGCCGCCAGUGUCUGCGCGAAGGUUACGAGGGAUGCGGCGUUGGAGACGCUAUGGAAGGCGAGAGGGAGGAGAGUGAACGGGGCCGGGCUAGGAGAAGUGGAGGGGGAGGAGAAGAAGCAGGAGGGGGAAGAAGAAGGCAUGGCCUGGGGGUCGGGCUACCCUUCGGACGGCAGAUGUGUCUCCUGGCUGAAGGGUAACAUGCACCCGGUCUUUGGUUGGGGCCCCGAGUGCAGGUUUAGUUGGGGUACCGCCAAGGACAUGCUUGAGGCAGCAUCGGCAAAAGGAGGCGGCGUCAAGGUGGAAUGGCCCGCUGAUGAGGAUACAGACGCACAUCGCCUGACAGAUCUCUUCGUCUCGAAGGACCAAGAGAAAGACGCCGAUGAGCUGGGGACAUGGUUCGGAGCACCAGUUGGGCUGGAAGCCUUCUAA